AUGCGCCGGCGGGGGCAGCUCAGAGAUCAGGCCACCGCAGGGACUUUCCUGUUGGAGCUGCCUAUGGCUACGGAGUCCUGUGAGGGACGCUUCGUCUUGGAGGGCAUGCUGAUGCCGCAAAGUUUGAACGGCUCGGACUCGGACCAUCUGGCGCUGCUGCACUUCCCGGACCAAGAUGCGGCCGAGUCCUUCUUGGCGCGGGAGGAGCUACAGAGGCUGCAGCAGGCGUGCGUGGAGGACUUCGAGGUCAUCCAGCUGGAGCCCCGGAACCCCUGGCGCGCCCGCUGGGAGGCGCUGCGGUUGAGGCUCAGGCAGAAGCCAUCGUUUCCGCGCAGCUUUUCCAAGGACCAAGCGACGCUUUUGGCAGACCAGCUCGCCCGCAUGUCCGGCUAUGGGGGGCCAUUGGCUGCAGUGCAUUUUGUGAGCAUCGGCAGUGAUGAUCCCUCGUUGGCCAGAAGUGCCGCAUCUGCUGCCCUCAACGACGUGUGGCGUGCUGGUGGCCGGGGGCAGUACUUUGCCUACACGGUCAAAGAGGCUGUGUGCAUCGAGCUUUUCGUCUCCAGCUGGAAGAAACCCGGGGACCUUCUGAAGUACCUGCGACUGCACUCGGCCUCGGAGGAUUUUACGGACUUUGGAGCCGACUCCGCGGAAGAGCUGAGCAGCACUGCAGCGGAGCGGCUUUUGGUAUGCCCCCCGUUUUGA